AUCAAAACCCAAAUGUCCAAAACCAAAAGCCUCUCUUUUUGUGAUUAUUGGGGUUUAAACCUUUAAGGCUUUAUUACUCCUAUAGUAUUGCUACCCUUAUAGUCUUCUUCUUCCUCCCCAAAAUCUCAAAAUUCUCAGUUAUCUUUGCAAUCUCGCUGCCGUUCAUCAAUGAGGAUCAGAAAACGGUGCCCCCCUCCUUCUACUCUUUUAGUUUCACCGCCAGAUGUUUUAUCUUCAACUCCUCAGGCGAGUCAACCUCCACUACAGCCAUCUAUAACUGGCUAUGAUCUACGGCUACCGGAGCGUCUUCAGCCAGUCAAAGUCAGCAAUAUCAGCGGCUGGGAUUGCCCAAACCAUAACAACUAUUCAAAGGCAAAAAACGAGUGCAGCUCAGAUAGUUAUUCCAAUGAGGAACCACCUACCCCUGCCAGAGAAGAAGAAAGCACUUCCAAGGACAACAAGUUUAGUGCAACUAAGCAAAGUGUCGGAUGGUACAAUCAGAAAAGCGCUGCAGAGCCAGAGCCAGAGACAUCGCCUACAAGUUCCAUUUCUUCGUCCUUAUCUCAUUUUGGAAGCUGGAGUGAGGAAGAGAAAGCAUUUCCAUUGAAGAAAAGAAGAGCAAGCUUCAUUAGAUUAAUGUUAAAAAAUGAAGCUACAAGGAAGGAAGAGAAGGAAGAAAUGGGUAAGAAGAGUACUAGUACUAGUGCAAUUGCAAAUGAUGAGGGGAGGUGCGUCAGGUCAAAUGGGAGGAAAUGGAGAUGUUGGCAAUCGGCUCUUGAGGGUUAUGCUCAAUGUGAGUAUCACUUGAAUCAAGAAAGAGUGAGAAACAUGAGGCAUAUUUGUAAGCAAAGACAAGCUGCACAGAUAAGUAGUAAAGCUGAGAAGGUACUGGAGACUAGUUUGUACGGUGAGGAUGAGUUUAACAGUGAUGAUUAUGAUGUGGGAUUUGAGGUUGGUCAGGGUGAGUGGGAGAAAAAACUAUCUCAUUUGCCUAUCUUAUGGAGCUUGCCUCUUCCAAAUUAUCUUAUAUGCCUGUCUUAUGCAAUGCGUCUUUUGCUUGGGAUCUACAUGCUUGUGAGAGGUGUUCCAUGA